GCACCUUGUCGUGGUGCAGGGGCUUAAACCGCAGCGCAGCACAGCAUCUUCCAACCACCAGGAAAGAUGCCGCAUAGCAUCUCUCCUGAGGGCUGGCAGAGGCUGCAUGUGCGCGGCGACCAAGAGCUACCACCUCCUAAUCCAGGGUGUUAUGCGACCCGUGCCCAUUGGAUGAUUUGCAGCCAGGAGGUAAAUUCGGCUGUAUUCGCACGGAGCCUUCCCAACACCGGGCCGCCUUGGGAAGUAACGGUGGCCUUACUGCGUCAAGGGGCUCUGGCGCAGCGGACUUUCAGCUUCCCCUUUCCAAUAUUAGACCGGGAGGCUCACAACACGGGCCAAACGGUCGUAAGAAAAAGAUGAUCCGACAACAACAACAAAAACAACAACAACAACAAACAACAACAACAACAACAUCAGCAACAACAUCUACAACAACAUCUACAACAACAGCCAGCAGCAGCAGCAGCACUAGUGCCGCUCGCAAGAGUGGCCCGGGAGCUAGACGGAAGCCUAGCUUUUUGGAUGCAUUGUCGCCAGAUAAACGUGCACUCUUUGAGGAGCACGCACGUGACGACGAUGAUGUGCCCUCCUGCAGCGACACUCAGCGUAGUGUGUCAACCACCGUAAAUCGCGCAAGCGCUGCCCCCGCAACCCCCUCGAGCAGGAUCGACUGCGGACAGGAGGGUGGUUUCACGAAAGUGGAAUCGAGGGGAGAACGAAAAAGGAGACGACAACGAGGGAACGUCCCAUGUACCCCGGAGCCAGGACGGCCAGGAGGCCACGACGACCCACGCAGAGCUGGAAUGAGUGGGGCCACUCUAAAGUGGUACCUGAGGUUCCUCGAGGACGGCAUGACGCCGGAGUCAGCCGAAAAGCGGGCUUUGAAUAGGAGCAGUGGGAACAUCCCCUCUCCAAGCAAUACACGACGUGUAGGUACCAAUGGCGGUUCGUCUGCAACUAGACGCAGGAAUCGGAGGCGCCGCCGAGCUCAAGCAGCCCAAUCGGAGGGGCGAAUCGAAGCAAGGCCAGCACCCCAGGAGGAACCCAGUCGGAUGAAGAAACGGAAGAGCGUCCAGAUAACACCUCAGGAGCCACCAUUGCCCAAGAGAAUACGGGAAGACAGACCACAGGGAGCCGGUGGAAAACGCCCCAACCCCAACCAGCAGCCGAUGAAGACCACGAGCCGCAAAUACUCGGAGGCUGUCAGCAAUAUACGGAUGGCAGUGUUGCCCAACAACUACCCUGCGGAGGCACUAGGGUCUGAGCAGCUGACGGCUCUCCAAGACUGCCUAGUCAAUGCCCUUACUAUCGGCGUCGGCUAUACCGGUGCCUUUAAUGGCAUCUUUUUCAAAGGCGGCAUGUUGCUGGUCGACUGCCAGGAUGAAAAGUCGGCCACCUGGCUGAAGAACAUCACGCCGAGGCUAGAGGGCUGGGAGGGUCCGGCCCUGUGUGUCAGAAGAGGAGAGGAAAUACCGCAACUACACAGUAUGGUGGCGUUUUUCCCCAGGAGUGCUGACAAGAGCUAUGACUUCGCGCUCAAUCUGGUGAGAAACCAGAACGAAGGUUUGAGUACCUCAGCGUGGAAGGUCGUAGCAAGCAGUGUUGAAGGUUCCGGGUGGAACCUCAACAUUACGAUGGAUGACGUAUCAUACACGUACAUUAAGCAGAAGGGGUACAGGCUGAACUUCCGCUUCGGCAAGAUUGUGGUGAGGCCAUGGAGGCCCAAGGCUACGACCACGAGCCAAGAACCGCCAACGGGGACGACCGCAACACCAGCUCCACCCAUAACCCGCCCAGUCGCGCUUGAAGCGACUGCCGCCGUGGUUUCGUGCGAGCAAGACGAGUCCCCCAACGACCAAAUCUCGGCCGGGCAGGUUGCGACCACCGCCGCAGACGUGAACAGCGGAAACGGGAGCACCACAGCGCAGGAAAGUAUGUUGCCGUCCACCCAAGAGCUUCUGGAAGGGCUGGAGAUGCAGGUCGAUGGAGAGACUGAAGACGAGGACCUGUCUCUCGUCGAACCCGUACUAUAAUCUCCAGUACCGGUAUAGAGGUGGCCCAGGUGAACCUCCAUCACGCAUCGGCAGCCUCGGCGGUCAUCGUGAAGAGGUUCAUUUCGGAUAACCUGGGCAUCCUCCUAAUCCAGGAGCCCUGGGUGGUCAGAGGAGAGGUAAGAGGCCUCAACACAAGAAAAAGCAAGAGUUUCUAACGCAAGAUCUGGUGGCUGUGCAGAUAAAGGACAAGGAAGGAUCGGACUUCGUCCUUGCGUCAGGAUAUUUUCCGGGAGAAACAGCCACGGCACCCCCCCCAUUGAUUCUUAAACUGGUGGAGCACUGUAAGUCAAACAAUCUGCCCCUAAUCAUAGGCUGCGAUGCCAACGCGCAUCACACAGAAUGGGGCAGCACGGACUGCAACGUGAGGGUGUUUAAACCACUGGAAAAACUAGAUUCGCUCAAGGGCAAGAAAGACGAAAAAGAGCCGGUGAUGAAAACACUAGGGAGGAUCGUGGUUGAUGGACUGGCUGAUGUCCAACUAUUGGAGUAGAGAGUCCGUCAGUAAGCGAGAUGCCAUCAACUUCACGUUCUCGAAGGCAGACUCUACAGGAUAUGUUUGCUGAUAUGAUGGCUACGAUGAAGAGGAGGAGCGAAGAAAAGACAAAAUUUAGAGAGACAUCGCAACAAUGCUUCCAAAAUGUUGCGGAGUCUUUGAAUAAUAUGGCAAGUGCUAUUUUAAAGCUAUCGGAAGCUGUUUUAAAAAAAAAAAUCAAAUAUGUUUAAGUUAAGAAGAUAUUUUUUAGUUGUUCCUAUUAAUGUUUAUAAUGUACAUACACACAGAAGAAUAUGUUUAAGUUAAAUUAUUUUUAUGUUCCUAUUAAUUAUUAUUAUAUAC